AUGAAUUGCAUGUACGGAGUGGUCUACCCCAGCCGAGCCAGGCACGCACCGCGCCUCAUCAUCGACGACACCACGCCCGACUGCAACCCGCAAGUCCCCUUCACUUCAACUGGAGAUGGCCCAGAGAUGGAUGGGUCAACUCCAAGCCUGAAAAGGCUGCAAGGCCUCUACCUGGCUGCCGCCUUCCUGCGACUUGUUUUGUUCUUCGCCUUUCCAGGUUUGCCAGAGCUGGUGGCCGGGCGCGUUGAGGUGUCGACUCCCGUCACCAGCUUCAAACGAUUACAAGAGGGCCUCUUCCUCUACAACCAUAAUGUUUCGCCCUACGAUGGCGGUGUCUACCACCAAGCGCCCUUGCUGCUGCCCGUCCUCUCCCUCCUGCCGAGCUUCGCGGCCUGGCCCGUUUUUACAUAUCUGCUGUACAUAGCAGUCGACCUUCUCAGCGCGACUUCUCUAAUAGCCAUUGCCGAUUCUGGCGAGGCUGGCCAGUCCUUGCGGUUCACCUCUCCGAGGAGGGACAAGAGGUGGAGUAGCUUCGUGGUCGCUGCGCUGUUUCUUUUCAACCCAUUCACUAUAGCAACUUGUAUCGGCAGACCCACGAGUGUCUUCACGACAUGCGCCAUCCUGCACGCCGUCGCAAAGGCGGCCACUGGUGCUCCGUACAGCGCAGCCAUUGCCAUGUCUUUCGCCGCCUACUUGUCCAUGUAUCCGGCCCUCUUGCUUCCGCCUUUGGCCCUCUUGGCUUAUGACCGAAGUCUCGGGCAAGCCAAAUCGCAACCUCUGGCUUUCACGGCCAAGUUCAUCGGCGUUGCGGCAGCCACCGUCUCGGCUCUGUUCCAGAUGUCAUAUUUCAUCACCGGAUCGUGGGAAUUCCUCUCAUCAACCUACGGCAUCCAACUCACACUUACCGAUCUAACACCAAACGUCGGGCUGUGGUGGUACUUCUUCAUCGAGAUGUUUGACUCCUUCCGGUCAUUCUUCUUGGCAGUCUUCUGGCUGCACUUGUCUUCCUAUGUGGGCGCUCUGAGCAUUCGCAUCCGUUCGCAGCCGCUGUUCGUGAUCACGCUGCUCCUGGGUAUUUUUGGGAUAUUCAAACCAUACCCAAGCAUCAGCGAUACAUCAGUCUUCCUCGCGAUGGUCCCUCUUUACAGGCACGUCUUCCCCUUGAUGCGGUAUACCUUCGUGGUUCCCUCGACAAUAUUGUACGCCACAUUUUUGGGACCGGCCUUCUACUACCUGUGGAUAUACGCAGGUAGCGGUAACGCCAACUUCUUCUAUGCUAUCACUUUGGUGUGGAGCUUGGGCCAGAGCUUGCUUGUCAGUGAUCUCACUUUCGCUGCGCUGCGGGAUGAGUGGGAAGUCGACAGACCAGAAAUGGUCGGCAAGGAAAUUAGACAGAUUUAGAAAGCCUCAACAUGGCGAUGAAUACCUGGACGAUUUACAUUUGCAUACCAGGUCUCCUGCUCGACCUGUCCAUCCACUGGCUGGGCACGUCCGGUGCGAGAAUACGAGAUUCAAUCGAGCAGGGGCUUCUUCGUCGCAAUGAUUACGGCAUCGUCGAACCUGGUGAACUUCCUUAUAUCCUUGAUUUGCAGCCCGGCUUGGUUCAGCAACCGCCGCAGAGAACUCUCACGCCUCUCUCGUGCGUCGAACAUUACCUUCAUCUUGAUACUUAACGCUGCCGUGUACUCGAUCCCGGGCGUCCCAGCCGCCGGCUUGUCGUCGGGCAGCACUUUGUCGUCGAUCCCCACGACACUGUCAGGCCCAAGAGCCGAGGUCUGAGACUUCUGGAUGCGAACGCACGCGUCAUCGUCGAAGUUGUGGAGAAUUUGGCGGAAGUAGUAGACACGAGCGCCUAAUCUGUCAGAGAUCCGAUAGGAUUGUCGCAACGGGGGGCCGGGUCGUUCAUGCCUACCUUUAAUGGGCUGUUCUGUAAAGAACUUGUACGGCAUCUUCUCCAUUUAUUCCACCCAGAGUUCCGUUUCAAGCACAUACGGUUGAUCCUGCAGGAUGACCCGGCCCUCGAGGCCAGGAAAGGCCCUCUUGAGCGCCACACACUGUGAUCCAUUGCCACCACCAACGUCUACGAACACAACGUCGUCAUGUCGUAGGUCCUGGGCGAACUCCGUCUCAAACGACACCACGUCCAGCAACGUCGGCAGGUGGUUUGACCCAGCCUGAAGGCGUUUGACCUGACAUCGCCCCCGUCCAGGGCGUGGUGGAGCGCGGAAAACCCGGGGAGGCAGUUAUCGUGGAAAUGGGUUGCGCCGUCGACGAAUGCCGGCACGAGCAGCGUGUGUGUCAGCCUGGUCGCGACAUACCGCCCCUUGGGCGCCUCCGCCGCCAUGCCUUGGGCACACGCAUAUUCCAUGAUGGACUCAAGGACGCCCGGCUGGAGCCCGCUCGCCGCGACCAGCGCGGCGAAGAUCUUGCGGUCCUGGCAUAUUCUCGUGACCACCAGGGGCAGUGGCUGUUUGUGGGGUGUCAGUUCGUGCCGCCGCGGAUGGGAUGGAGGUGGGACGGACGGAGUAUGCGAGCCCCUGCAGGGUCUCAAAUGGUGACUCCAGUUCAGAUGCAGCCUGGCGGCUGAGUUUCAGGAGCUCUUGUUUCAGGGCCUCGUUGGCUUGGAACGUAUCGGGGUGUUCUACGAAAAGCUUGAGUUGCUCUACAAGAUCUUGUGGUCUGCCAUUGCCCUUUACUAUUCUGCUGUUCGGGUGCCGGCUCUCUUCAAUGAUACUGGUGAGCUGGAAAUAGGGACCUAGGCAACGAGAUUCUUGGGUAUCGGGAAGAGGCGAGGCUGUAACAGAGAAGAGAAGAGACAAUUUGUAGGAGACAGUGACCACUUUAUGGUUGUUAUCAUGGCCAGAGGUUGUACCUAGCUAGCUGAAUUUAGUCCACAACCAACAACAUCGUGGCUGAAGAGACCCGCUGUAUUCGAGCCCCCAUCAAACCACUCUCUCCCAGUAAGACGUGAUGGGCACACGAGAAUUGGGUUGAGAGUUCAUUCCGUACGGCCUGGUAUCUCGAGACCCA